CUAUCUCGCGCCCUUGCGUCGGCGCAGACCAUCUUGCCUCGCUCAUAUCGCUGCUGUCACCGUCUGCCAGCGCGCCGUCCGUGUUGUUGUAGUAAAUAAUGGCGGCAUCGGGAGGCGGAUUAUCAUCUCCCGCUACCGUCGCGGGUUUGGGCCCCCAAGGGGUUGCAAAGGCCCGUUUCCCUGGUCGGCCGGGCUCGGCUCGCAGCAGGCUGCGGUCGGAGAAACGUACCAGACGCGGAAGGUUGGGCUCGGACGAUGGGGAGCUGGCUGCCGGAGGGCCAAGGCCCGUCAACAUCGGCCUUGCGUUGAGCGAGGACCCGUCCCUGCUGCGCCUGCUCGGGGUGGCGGAGAAGCACAGCCGGCAGAGAGCUGUUGGAUUCGAGUCGAGCGACAGUGAGGAGGAGGAAGAUUUUGCUGGAUUUGGGACCACAAAAGGGCAUCCACAGAAAACUUCGAGGACUGCCUCUAAGUCGACGUUGCUCAGCGAAGCUAAGUCUCCCCAAGUUUCAGACCAUUCUCUGACUGCAAAGCCUCUCGUCGGAAAAAUUAUACCCAAGACCCCAAAACCGGCUCUGAUUGGGAAAAUUGUACCACGAAUCAAUAAAGAAGGCCAUGGUGUAAAAGACAAAGAAAUACCCAAAAUGGUAAUUAAACUGCAUGGCCAGCCGGUAGCACUCUCAGCAAAGGCCAAGCAUGCAGACGGGCAGGCCUCACGGAGACAGAGCAGUAAAAGAUCUGUUGAUUUUAUCAAGAAGGCUGGAAAAUCAGCAGACUCGGACAGCACACAAAGCAAAACAGCCGCUACCUCAGCUGGUGGCACCGGGCAGGAUAAGCUGGUGAGCCCUCUGACAGCAGUCAAGGGUGCAGGAAGAGCUUCCAAGGUCAAAGAACGAGGCGAGGUGUCAGAGGACUCCGACACAGACCAAUCCCAGCCAAAGAGGUCUGGGAAACGCAUGAGGGGCUUUCGAAGUAGAAACACCAGGCGCAUCUCUGAGGAAGUUGCUCUUUCAUUCACGUCCUUUCACAAACGGCAGAGAAAGAGGAUGACAAAGGGUAUGGGUGCCUCUCCAGAGGCUGGAGCUGAGGCUGGUGCUCAGAGUGGAGAGGAGGCAGCAAUGCCCCUCGAGUGUAAAGCCACAGAUUCCUCUGAAAAAAGAAAACAGAAAAGACAACGUCGAUCUUUGUUUGGGCAUAGACGAAAGCCACAAAAAGACCCUCCAAUCAUUAAUCCUCACAAACAGACUCAGAAUCGCACUAGGCGUGUUUUUUACACCUAUGUAGCAGAGCCCAUUCCAGCUACGCCGACGCCUGAGGAUGAACAGCAGCUGCAAGGUCUGAAUCUCACUCCAUCAGUGGGUGAGGCGGGCUCAAACAACUCCGCUGCCACUGUGAUGAGUGGACGGUCCUCCCGCGUUAUUAAAGUUCCAAAGAGGUUCUUGGAUGAGGAAAUGAUUCCCUUUCCAAAGGGUUCUCUCUCAACAUGGCUGAAAAGUCAGCAGAAGGAGGAUGGAAAACCAAGUCCAUUGUGUCAUGAGCCAAACUAUGACGAUAACUCGCCGCAGUCAGACAGUGACUCUGUAUCUGUGGCUGACAGCCCAUCCACAGUGACAAAGUUCUCAUCAAAGCCCAGUCCAGGCGCAAGCCACGUAGAGAUCUACAAGAAUCUCAAGAAGCUGACCUUGAAACUGGCAGAGAAAAAGAGAGGUCAGCCCGACACUCAGGGGGAUUAUAUGCAUCAGGGCGAGGGUGUGACCUCUCAUGUCAAGAGGAAGCGACGGUCAAAGCUUAUGAUGGAGGAGAUGGACUCUCCGGGUGUUGUGAGGAAACUGGCCGUGGUGGUGAACACUGAUGUGGAAGCGCCCUCUCACAAUCCGUUAGGCGAUCCAGGCAACAACAAUGAAGCAGAAAGCCGUGAGGCGUUGGAAGUCAGUGGUCCCAGCCAUCGAAUUGGUCUCAGCGGAGCCAAUAAGACGAUGCUCCACCUGCUGAAGAAAGCCAAAGUCCAGCUCAUCAAGAUUGAUCAGCAGAAACAGCUCAAGUUAUCACAGUUGGGCUCUGGGGAUCUACGAGUGCCAGUGACUGGAAGGAGGAGGAGGAGGAGGAGAGUUGGCACGUCUCCCAAAGAUACCAGUCAUCAGGAGCAGCUGCUCGGCGGCCCGAGGAUCAAACAUGUCUGUCGGGCAGCAGCAGUGGCGUUAGGGCAGCCCCGUGCCAUGGUGCCAGAUGAUAUUCCCAGACUCAGUGCCCUGCCACUUCAUGAAAGAGAGGGCAUCACCUUUUCUCCCGCGGCUGAAGAUGUGGCAGAUGAUGAUGACGACGUCACUGAUCAGGGCAGGGAGUGGGUUGUCUCUCCUCCUCACCUCCAGCGCAGGAGGAGGGGGAGGGGCAGCAGGUUCAGAAGGAAGAUCCUGAGUCAGUAUAAAAGCAGGGGAGUCCGUUCCCGGCGCUGUGGAUACUGCACAGGCUGUUUGGUUGAGGAGGACUGCGCAAAGUGUAUCAACUGCCUCGAUAAGCCCAAGUUCGGGGGGCCCAACACUAAGCGGCAGUGUUGCAUAUAUCGAAAGUGUGAACGAAUUGAGAAAGCAAAGAUCAGUCGUGUCCUUAAACCACUGAAAGUCCAGACAAGGCGACCGUCAGGCUCUGUGUCAAGCAGUGACGAGACCUCACAGGGGCUUGUAAUCAGGAAACAGUCCCUGCGUAACAUUACGCCACGCUCCUACAGUAGCCUGCUUAAGUCUGAAUCUGAAGAAGAAGAAGAGGAGGAAGAAUUAAAACUGGAGAAGCCAGAUAAAUCAGCAGUCAGGCCAAGUGUAGCUGCUGAUAGCAACCCAGAUCUUGUUCCUCAAGAUGGCGGGUCACUGCCCGACAACCCUCCAACUGAAGUGGCAAAGCAUCGCCGGCUGCUCUCCAAAGUAGCUGGGGGCAGACCCAGAGCUUACAAGGAACAGGAGAACACGGAGGAGACGGACCUUUUACCAGACGGAUCUUUACCAGAAUCCAGCCCACCCAGGAGCCCAAAGCCGAAGCUGCAGAAGCAGCUCCGAGUACACUUAUACCGUCUGCCUGAUUUUAUCCAGCAGUCUGCUCUAUGCUAUUUGCCAAAGCAGUGGCCCAACUGUCUGGAUCAGUCCGCUUCACAGUGGCACCCACUGUUGUCUCAGCUUUUAACACAGACUGACUUGCAUCCAUCUCAUUCUACACCACUUGAUCCUCCAGAAUCGUCCCAGCCUGUCAUAGAACCUGCUAUUUCACACAAAUCACAUUCCUCGUCACAGUCUCCUCCUCAAGCGUCCCAGCCUCUGACACAGUUUAUUUCACAUCCAUCACAUUCCUCAUCACAGUCUCUAGAUUUUUCCCCGCCGAUAACUCAACCUGAUAAUUUCCAACAAUCACAGUCCCCUCAACAAUUGUCCCUGCCUGUCGCACACCCCAUUUCUCCACUUUCACCACAUCCCAAAACAGAAUCCCCACAAAAAACCCUGCUGUUACGUUUGCACCGUUUGCCCCAGUCUGUGGUGCAGUCAGCCUUUCAUUUGCACAAAUAUAUAACCUCAUCACCUCAACAGCAUCCCCAGACCACACUGCACCCAUCACUGACCGAGGGUUCGUCAGAGUUGAGUUUUCAGGGACAUCCAGAGUCUGAUGUGCUGAGCCCAAAUGUUUUGACUGAGACACACAGAACUAACAAAGACAAAACUGUGAAAGUGCUCCCUAAGACUGUCAAUCAGUUACAGGAGGGCACAGAAGAGGAGCAACAGGACCAACAACAGGAUCGGCGCAAAGUGGAGCAGAAGGACAAUUCUGUAGAAGGGACAGUGCGGCAAAACUGUCCAAGAACUCACGCACAAUAUGUCCUUCAUUCCCAGACUCCUGCAGAGUGUGCAUCAGUGAACGCCCUGACGGGGUUAACUAACGGAUUUCCCCAAAAGGGCCUGUUGCAGAACAAGUACAAGAUCCGUGUGGACUUCAAGGAGGACUGUGCUGUACAAAAUGUGUGGCUAAUGGGCGGCCUCAGCGUCCUCACGUCUGUCCCCACAACACCACAACCUGUCUGUCUCCUCUGUGCCAGUAAAGGACGACAUGAGAUGAUAUUCUGCCAGAUCUGCUGCGAGCCUUUCCAUAGUUUCUGCCUCUCACCGGAGGAACGCCCCGUGAAUGACAACAAGGAGAACUGGUGCUGCAGGCGCUGCAAAUUCUGUCACGUGUGUGGCCGUCGAAGCAAGAGCACAAAGCCUGUGUUGCAGUGCAGGAGAUGCCAAACCUCCUACCACCCUGCCUGCUUGGGACCAACGUACCCUAAACCUGUUAAUUGCAGCAUGCCUUGGGUGUGCAUGACCUGCAUUCGGUGUAAAAGCUGCGGUGUGACUCCUGGAAAGACCUGGGACUUGGCCUGGAACCAUGAGAAGGAUCUCUGCCCUGACUGCACGGUUCUCCAAGACAAAGGUCAUUUCUGCACUGUCUGCCACAAGUGCUAUGAUGACAAGCAACGCACACAGAUGAUUCAGUGUUCAGCGUGCAGCCACUGGAUACAUUAUGCAUGUGAAGGACUGACAGACGAGCUGUUUGGGUUGCUGUCAAACGAGCCAGAGGAAGUGUGUUUCACCUGUCAGCCCUGCAGACGGCACCCAGCUGAGCACAGCAGUUUGAAGGUGGAGCUGCAGAGCAGGCUGUCAGCCAGCCUGGAGGACGUGCUCAUUGACCUCCUCUCUGAUUCCGCCACACAGCACCUCCUUAUCUGUGAAGCGUGUAACGAAACAAGCAGCACAUACUCUGUCAGGGAACAGCAGCCAGUCUGUGAUCUACAAGCCAUAAAGAAGAAGUUUAAAGCAGGGGAAUACACCUCCAUAAAAGCUUUCCACGCUGACGUCUCCUCUGUGAUGAGGAAGUGGCUGAAGAAGGAGGAGCAUCUCCCUGAGGAUCAGAGACUGACCAGUCAGGCCAGGGCACACUAUUCCAAACUGAUUAAACAGGUUUUCAGUUGGUUUCCUGCACGCCAUCUGAAAAAGUGGAACUCCUUCUCCGAGGAAUUCCCAAGUGGCAUGCUCCCUGAGGCGGUGCUCCCACCUUCUAUGGAGCACAGUUAUGCGCAGUGGCUAGAGAGAACAUACCAGCCCAAGGAGUCCAGGAGGCCACAGACGGGGAAAACCAACUCUCUGCAUUCAUCAGUCAACAUACAGUCGGGUGUAUCACACAGCCUCCCUCUGAAGUCACAUGGUGUAACGAGGGAUCUGGAAACUACCAAGACUAACGAUAUGAGGCAGUGCACUCUGUGCCAACAAUAUGGAGACUCUGCACCGAGUGAUGCUGGACGCCUGUUGUACAUGGGACAGAACGAGUGGGCCCAUAUUAAUUGCUGCCUUUGGUCUGCAGAGGUGUAUGAGGAGAAUAGUGCGCUUUUGCAAGUGCACACUGCUGUCUCAAGAGGGCGCCAUCUGCGCUGUGAUGGCUGUGGGCAGUCGGGAGCCACUGUUGGCUGCUGUCUCGCAACCUGCCAGAGUAAUUUCCACUUCAUGUGUGCUCGUGCUCAGAACUGUGUGUUUCAACUGGACAGGAAGGUGUACUGCAGCAAACACAGGGAUCUUGUCAGUGCAAAGGUGGUGGCUGGGAAAGGGUUUGAAGUCACUCGGCGGGUCUACGUGGACUUUGAAGGGAUCAAUCUCAGAAGAAAGUUCCUCACAGGGCUGGAGCCUGAAACCAUAAACAUGACGAUAGGUUCUCUGCAGAUUCAGAAACUGGGUGUGUUGUCAGAGCUGUCGUCAAAUGGGAGGAUGCUGUAUCCUGUGGGCUACCAAUGUUCUCGGUUGUACUGGAGUACUGUGGACCCUCGUAGACGCUGCAAGUACACCUGUAAGGUGACAGAAGUGAGCACGCCUCUUCCUGGUGAGGAACAAGAUCCACGAUGGGACAAAGAGGAGAAUCACACCAUAGUCCACAGUCCCAGCCACCACAGAGAUGCGGAGUCCCCCGAUCGUUUAAGCUCCUCAUCCAGCCCAAUUAAGUCCACUACGCCAUCACCAAAUUCUAAACAGCACAACUCAUCUGGAUCCAAAAGUCCUGGCUACACACAGACCAGGAGACCAGCAGGAGGAACAUCUCGACCUCUUCCAUCUCCUGGGGCUGCUGCUCCCAAAUCGCAUCAUAUCCUGACAUUGAGGGACCUGGAGGACACCCGCCGGCCGCGUAGGCUCUCAACAAGAAGCCGCUGCAGCUCCUCUCCAACAGACAGCGACCCAUCCGUACCGAUGACCCUCCGUUCCGGUGGCACCGUCCACUCCAGAUGUGCCCUCUUCAGCUCCCCACCAAGAUCGUCAAACUUGGGAUCAACCUCGCCUCUUCUGUCACGACAGAACUCAGCAUCUCCAGUCUGGAGCUCCCCACCAAGAUCCAACUCCAGCAUUUCUGCCGGGCUGUCGCCUCGGCAGGGAGCCAUCACUCACUCCCCCAAAGGAAGGCAGAACUUUAAAAUCACUACACCAGUUUCUGCAGAGGUUCCCCAAGACUUCCUAGCAUCGUCUGAGGCGGAGGAUGCAGCAGUGGCUACAACCAAUGGGAUCUCACUAGCCCCUGAUAACCUGGAGGAGGAAGUAGCUCACCUGAUGGCCCAGGAGCUGCCUUACACUGUGUUUGACACUGACACAGAGGUUGCAGUGGCCUCCAUGCUGAACGCUAAGCUUGAGUUUGACGAGUCCCUGCUUACUGAGAACGUGGCACUUCACUGUGGAUCGCAAGGUGGGAAAGGAGAGGUAGAAGGUGCUGUGCAAGACGUGGAAAUGCUGGAAGAUGAUCGGGACAAUGAUUCUGAAGAGGAAGACUCAAGCCAUUACUUAAAAUUUUCACGCACACUAGUGUGUGAUGCAGCUAGCAGCUCGGAGGCCUCGGCUCAGCUCCCUUCAGCACAGUCGAUCUCACAGUUGGACGGAGCGGACGGUGGGUCAGAGAGCGAUGAAAGCGAGGUGGUCGACGAUGAAGGUCAAGACUCAGAAGGAGAAAGGGGAAAGAUUCAGAUUCACAGCAACCACACCACACCGACCAAAACGCUGACAGUUGCUCUAAAGAGGCUUGAGUCGAUCUACACUGUGCCAAAGUCACCAGUUGAACAAGAAACAACUGAGCACGAUUUUAAGCUAAAUUCUCCACCAUCUGACAUCUUUGAAUCAGGUUAUGCAAACAAUGAAUUCUCAGUUCAGGAGGAAGAGGUUCCGAUGAGCUCUGAAGCAUCUCAAAAUGAGGUUUUCUUGGAUUCAACCACAGGUAAUUUUGUAUCUACUGAAGAUAGCACUAUAAUGAACCCAAAAACCAAACUCAUGGAGGAUGACAGCACCUCAUCUGUCGACUCGGCUGAACCAUUUCAGGACGAUUUGAAUGACCCUGACUACUCUCCCGAGCACGACACCAAAAGAUCUCCCACAACUCCCACAAAAACCAUCGUUAUGAAGACAAAACGUUCACCAUCAAACGUAAAACGCUCGCCACCAAAACUGCACUUGUUGAUGCCGUCUCAACCUACACCGACUGUCAACAGUGAAUCCGUUUUGUCUCCUGCUGCUCCUCAUUGUGCAGUUCCACGCACAGUCACCUCCCCCAUCGUGAUCAAUGGCUUGAAAGCUCUACCUAUUCAGGCGGGCGCCACACGGGGCAGAGCUGUUGCCAUCCGCUUGGACAGCGCAAGGCCAGGAAGUCAGCCCCAAGCUGUGGUUCAGAAUCAAGCUGCAGCUGCCAGUGCUCCCGUGGCUCCUGCCCCUCAAGUCCUGCUGGUCAACCGUCAGGGCCAGAUUCUUAUCAAAGACCCGAGAACAAACACCUAUCAAGCACUCAAUGCGAACUCUCCUGCGUACAAUAAAAUAAGCCAGAUUGCGAAGAUUCUCCACAGUGGUAACAGCUUGCAACGCGUAGUCCCUCGUGUCAUAAUAAAGCCUCGUUCCAGCCCCUCUGUCGCAAACGUCCCUCCCGCCGAUAACCACACAACAAUACCCGAGAGAAAAGUCAUUGUCAGAGUGGUGCCUGUGAAAAGCGCCAUGAGUCCAGGUCCCACAGCUCCUGUCUGUGUGCAGGGUUCUCCUGAAGCAGCUUUCUCCAACAUCCCUGGAAGCACAGCCCAGGCUAUUAUAGACAGAGCCAUGGCCACACACCGCGACGUGCCAAAGACAGAACCCGUCAUCCUCAGGAAAAAUCAAAAGCGAAAGGCUAAACAUAGAAGAUGGUCCCGGUUUGAGGACAUGGAGGACUCCGAUCAGUCACCAGCUGCACCUUCACGAUCCCCCUGCGCUCUCCUCAAUGAACCAGAUUUCAAGCUGCAGCCAGCACCCGCUUCAUCAGGCCACCAGGUGAGGGUCAAGAGAGUGUCGUCAGUGUCUGAAAGGCCCUCGAGGAAGAAAUCCAAGGUGGACUACUUGAGGGAUCCCUCCAGUGACCUGGAUGAAGUGAAUGAAACCAGCAGACCGAGUGGUGUGAGAAUGAAAGCCCCAACAAUGAAGGAUGUUCUUGAUGUAGACCAGGUGAACGUGCCUGAUAAGCCAGAGCAGUUGAGGAUUACUGCUCCACCGCUUCAUACCCCCUCCAGGCCUCCUCGGAUUGACAGUCCACCCUCAAGUACAGAAACCAACAGUCACAUUCUGGGUAAAACACACGUGUGGGUCAGCGCUCGCCACGGGGACAUCUCUGAAUGGGGCCCUUAUUCAGGCUUUAGCUCAGAAGAAGAUGCACCUGUACCCAAAUACAGAAAGAGGACGUACAUGAACCAGCCACACCUGCGGUUUGAAAUCACCAGCGAUGACGGCUUCAGCGUCAAAGCAAACAGCAUAGAGGUGGCCUGGCGUGCCGUUAUUGACGGCGUCCUCGAAGCUCGCGCAGGGUUCCACCUGAAGCAGCUGCCUCUUGGCGGGAUGAGUGGCCCGCGGGUGCUCGGUGUCGUCCACGAUGCUGUCAUCUUCCUGCUAGAGCAACUGCAGGGUGCCGCCAACUGCAAGCGCCACCGCUUCCGCUUCCAUCGAUGCGAUGAUGUUGAGGAAGAGCUGCCCCUCAAUCCUACUGGCUGCGCUCGAUCUGAGGUCUACACACGGAAAGCAACUUUUGAUAUGUUCAACUUCCUGGCAUCACAGCACAGAGAGCUCCCUGACAUAGUUGGGCCCUUCGAUGAAGAGGAGGAUGAAUUCCCACUGAAAUCUUCCAGACGAGCCACCAGCAGUGAGCUUCCCAUGGCAAUGAGAUUCAGACACCUGGAAAAAAUCUCCAAAGAAGCAGUAGGAGUCUACAGAUCUGAGAUUCAUGGUCGAGGCCUUUUCUGUAAAAGAAACAUCGAGGCCGGGGAGAUGGUAAUCGAGUACGCCGGCACCGUCAUUCGCGCUGUCCUGACUGAUAAGCGGGAGAAAUAUUAUGACGGCAAGGGCAUCGGCUGCUACAUGUUCCGCAUCGACGACUUCGACGUGGUGGACGCGACGAUGCAAGGCAACGCAGCUCGCUUCAUCAACCACUCCUGCGAGCCGAACUGCUACUCUCGCGUCAUCAACGUGGACGGCCGCAAGCACAUUGUAAUCUUCGCCCUGAGGAAGAUCUACCGCGGCGAAGAGCUGACCUACGACUACAAGUUCCCCAUCGAGGACGAGAACAGCAAGCUGCACUGCAACUGCGGGGCGCGACGCUGCCGCCGCUUCCUGAAUUAGUACAGCCGACGCGCGCACACACACAGACACGAUGUACCCGUAGCCAUCUUGUUAAACACACUUGAAUUCAGAAGGCUGGUUUCGAUGAACUGAUGAAGACGACCGAUGUGAAGUAGCCAUAAGAGUGAGCUCGCUGGUAUGCACAGACCUGAUCUACUGAAAGUAUUAGAAGCUUAAUUUAUAGAGGACGUGUUCAUUUCUGUCCUCUGAACUGCUGUUAGUCACACAAACCAGAUUUGAGCCAUAAUGAAAGCUUGAGAUGAAAACUAUUUAUGAAAUUUUCCUAACUGCUGGAUUGUUGGUUUGUUAGGAAGUGCAGUUUAAUCAAUGAAACUGCACAAAUAAUUGGAUCUGUGUACUGUUUCACUGACUCAUACAUCACACUCUUUCAGUUUGGUGAAUUUGUCUGCUGGAACUGAGAGAAGAGCAGGCAGGAGGCGAUUUAUUACCAGCUGCAAAUGGUGCAAAACUUCAGUUAUUGUUAUUCUGGUGACAGAGUGUCUGUGUAAAUACAAGGUCACCGAGAAGGAUGAGGAGAAUUUAUUCAGCACCUUACUUUGACACGACCUUCUCCGGCAGCACUGGUGUUGCAGCAGACGGGACAAAUCUGACUUCAGAGCGAAACAAACACAUUUGACUCAAAGCACCUUGUGUCCAUUUUAGUGCAGCUACAUUUUAAUAUCACUCUGGAUACCACAAGUCUCGUGAGCAGGUACUCUGCUGUUUUCAGGUGCUGGUGACAUUCACCCCAAAACGUAGUUUUAAUAUAGUCACCCAAAGUCACCCUUUUCCCCUUCAUUCACUCAGUUGAAAUUCCUGUUUUUAUUUGUGGCGGCAGAGAUGCCGUGAUCUGAAUGCUUUUAUCCCACUAUUACAGUCUGUUCUUUAUUUGUUCAUUUGUGCUGUUUGUGUCUUUUAAGGUCUAUGAGGGAGAGUUUCCUUGAUGCAGGGUUCAGACUGACUACAGUAAUCUUGCUCUGCACAGUCCCUUGUAUAUCUUUUUGUAUUUUUGUAUAUUUGAACAAUAAAUGUAUAUUCAACAAGCUGAUGGAAAUAAAUGUGUUUGAGCUUUUAACUUUCUAUUUGUAAGUGAAGGCUGACAAAUGGAACCCAAGCUAUUGCCGAGUGAUGAUCCUAAGUUAAACUUUUUUUUUUUUCCUGUGGCUGUUUUGCUCUUUCUUCUUUCUGUCUCUCACAGGUGUACUACCUCAGUGGUGUCAUGAAGCAACAUUUAAUCACCCAAAACAUUUAGUGAAACCUGCUUCCUUAUUUCUAAUCAUUAUGGUCUUGAUAGCGUGAAAACAAACCAUCAGUUCUGUUAAACACUGACUUGCUGUUUUGCCUGCGAUUAUUUUGUAAGAAUAGGCGGCCACCAUGUUUUGUACUCCUAUUCUCCUGUGUGCUACCACACCCAGCUGAUGGAUAUAGACAGGAGCCUAGAGUUUUGAUCGAAGGCUGAAUGCUGUGGAUGUAUGUUUUGUGAUUCAGGAUUAAUAAUCGAGUUUGACACGCAAAAGCUUUGUUACUAAUAUCGGCUCACGGCGGAUCCUUGCCUGUACAUAGUUGUAUAAAGAAUUUCUAAACCUGUUAAAUAUUUUUUUACCUACCUUGUUUUUUAAUUUAUGUUCAAUAAAAUUCAUGUUCAAAAUGUG